AGGCACGAGUGCGGGGGGAGGGGGUGGUCCGCAGCUGAAUGCGCCUGCGUUGUGGUGGCCUCUGGCGUCUCAAGGUAGGGCUCACGCACUUUCGCCCCAGCAAGGAAUGCGCGUGCGCGUAAGCAGGGCGGUUGAUUAGUGCCCCCCCUCCGCCCCCCCGCAAAGAGCGACCCCCUAGUGGUGCACCGGCGCGGACCAGAAAAUUGCACACUUUCUUGUAAGAGGCAUUUACUGAGCGCCCAAUGUAUGCCUAGCACUGGGCUGGGUGCUGCCACCUAAGCGAGCACCAUCAAUGCAGUCUAUCAGGGAGGCCCUGACCGCCAAGCAGUGGGCCCCUGCAGUCCGCCAUGCCACCCCCGACCCCUAGCGCGCCGCUCAGCACACAUUGAGCGCCCAGUAACUGUUGGACUCCAAUGACACCGCGGAGCCGGCCCCGUCCCUGGCCCGCCCUCCCGCCGCUCCCGCGGGGGCGCCGGGGCCGCCGGGGAGGCAGGACCCUGGCGCUGCAGGGAGAGCGCGGUGGGCGCAGCCGCUAGGGGGCGCGGCGGGGGCGCACCUUUUCUCGGGCCGCGCAGAUGGCGGCGCAGGGCGUAGGGCCUGGGCCGGGGUCCGGGGCGCCCGCGGGGUUGGAGGCGGCCCGGCAGAAGCUGGCGCUGCGGCGGAAGAAGGUGCUGAGCACCGAGGAGAUGGAGCUGUACGAGCUGGCGCAGGCGGCGGGCGGCGCCAUUGACCCCGACGUGUUCAAGAUCCUGGUGGACCUGCUGAAGCUGAACGUGGCGCCCCUCGCCGUCUUCCAGAUGCUCAAGUCCAUGUGUGCCGGGCAGAGGCUAGCGAGCGAGCCCCAGGACCCUGCGGCCGUCUCUCUGCCCACGUCGACAGUGCCCGAGACCCGAGGGAGAAACAAGGGCAGCACUGCCCUCGGGGGAGCAUUGGCCCUGGCGGAACGCAGCAGCCGCGAAGGAUCCAGCCAGAGGAUGCCACGGCAGCCCAGCGCUACCAGACUGCCCAAGGGGGGCGGGCCUGGGAAGAGCCCUACGCGGGGCAGCACCUAGGAUGGGGCAGAGACUUGUCACAUCUUUGUUCCCAGCAAAGGCUACGUGUUUUCUUCUUCAGUUGACAAUAAACCUUUUUGAGAUGCAGAGGGUCCAGGUCA